AUGGAAAAACUUAGUAAUUAGUAUUCGCAAUUCCAUACGACUAUCGGAUUCGGUGGCCCAGGAGCCGGAAAAUCUAAUGUUCUUAACUAUAUGAUUCACGGAUAUGCAAGCAAUCAUUUUAAAUCUUCUAAAAGUGCUCAGUCAGGAGUUACUUAAACAAUAUAAAUUGCAGAAGGUACUGCGCUGGGCAUUAUCGAUCCAAGAAAUAAUGGCUUUGAAAGCAAUGUCGAAAUUUCUUACUGGGCUUUAGCCUAAAAAAAUAUUUAUAUGUUUGAAGAAUAUAGCGGUUUAAAAAUUCCAAUACAAAAUGUGAUUAAGUUUGGAAAUAAAAAAGAGCAUCUUUUGCCUUUAUUUGAUAUUGAUGCUUAAAGUUCAGGGUAAAUGAGACUUGUAAAUAAUAUUAGCUAGGUUGCUGCAUAAAUUAAAUAAGAGUUGCCAAGUUUGGUGAGAAAAGUGACUUAAAGAAAUAUUGCAGAAGCUGCAGCGCUCCAAAAUGAGUUAAACAAAUAUCAUGAGGAAGAAGAGAAAUUAAAAAAAGAGGCAGCUGCCACCUAAAUCAAAAUUUCUUAAGUCUACAGACCCGUAAAAUAUCUCACUUUGAUUCCGUUUGGUGCUCCCGGCUCAGGAAAAAGUUGUAUUCUUAACUUAUUGUGUGGUAUUCAAGGCAAAUUCCUCUCUAGUAAGACAGCUAGAAGUGGUUGUACUCAAAAUAUAGACUUUAUUGAAUGCUAAGCAUUUGGAAGCCAUCCUUCUAUAAAUUUAAAGCUCUACGAUGGACCAGGUGUUGGAGACUUUAAGAUAUGUCUUGACCAAAUAGUACUUGACAUUAAGUUAAAAAUCGGUCACAGUUAGACCUUCGAUGGCGCUUUGAUAGUGAUAAAGUCAACCGACUACAGAAUUAGCGUUCAAGAGACCAUGGCAAUAAAGGCAACAGUAAAGUUUUUUUCUAACUUUUCACCAAAGCAUGUUUUUCUUAUAAUAACUCAUUGCGAUAUUGAGUCCCCAACAGAUGACUUUAUAUAAGAGAAACUAGAGAUGUUUAAAUAAUAUGGACCUCUUGAAAUACCUCUGGAAAAUGUUGUGAAGUUCAACAAUACUGCUGAGUCACUGCUUCCAAUGCUUGAAAAAAUGGAAAACGGGAAUAUGCAAUUUGUCCCUGAUUUAGAGAAAAAAGUAAUUGAAAUAUCUCAAGAAAUUGAAGGAGAUUUUAAAAAAUAAGAUAAAACACUUGGUACAAAAAAUAGUGAAGAAUUUAUGAUGAUGAUUGAACUUCUGAAAGACACUAGCAAGGCAUCUCGAGAAUAAAUAGCCUAAAUGAAUCAGCAACUUGCAACUCUAACCGGUAAAAUGAUAGAGCUAGCCAACAGACCACCAGUUGUAGUUGAGUCAGGAGGAAAAUUCCUUUCUAGUAAGACAGCUAGAAGUGGUUGUACUCAAAAGAUAGACUUUAUUGAAUGCUAAGCAUUUGGCAACCAUCCUUCUAUAAAUUUAAAGCUCUACGAUGGACCAGGUGUUGGAGACUUUAGUUUAUGUCUUGACCAAAUUGUACUUGACAUUAAGUUAAAAAUCGGUCACAGUUAGGCCUUUGAUGGUGCUUUGAUAGUGAUUAAGUCAACCGACUACAGAAUUAGCGUUCAAGAGACAAUGGCUAUAAAGGCAACAGUAAAGUUUUUUUCAAACUUUUCACCAAAGCAUGUUUUUCUAAUAAUAACUCAUUGUGAUAUUGAGUCCCCUACCGAUGAGUUUAUAUUAGAGAAACUAGAGAUGUUUAAAUAAUAUGGACCUCUUGAUAUACCUCUGGAAAAUGUUGUGAAGUUCAACAAUACAGCUGAGUCACUGCUUCCAAUGCUUGAAAAAAUGGAAAACGGGAAUAUGUAAUUUGUCCCUGAUUUAGAGAAAAAAGUAAUAGAAAUAUCUCAAGAACUUGAAGGAGAUUUUAAAAGAUAAGAUCAAUAACUUGGUACUAAAAACGGUGAAGAAUUCAUGAUGAUGAUUGAACUUCUGAAAGAUUCUAACUAGGCAUCUCGAGAACAAAUAGCAUAAAUGAAUCAGUAACUUUCAACUCUAACAGGUAAAAUGAUAGAGCUAGUCAACAGACCACCAGUUGUGGUUGAGACAGGAGGUGGAUGCUCAAUUUUUUGA